AACGAAUGCCAUGAAUGCGAAGAAGAGGUGGACACAGAUGUGAUGGACGGCGGAGACAACUGUGCGGCCAAUUGUUGCGAUUUCGCCGACUCUAAGACCGGACUCUUGUGUCGAAAAGAGUUCAAAAACUUGGAAUCUUUGUUGAACCACAAGAAGAGACACUCGGGAGAGAAGCCCUGGUUUUGUGAAUACAAGUCAUGUGAGUACCGAUCCAUUCAAAGAUGUCAUCUCAUCGGACACAUGAGGAAGAGUCACACCGGGAGGUAUCAGUUCUCGUGUGAUUGGCCCGGAUGUUCGUUCAUGGGUCCGUCUCGUUAUAACGUUAAACGACAUAAAAUAAUACAUACGGGAGAGAAACCAUACAAGUGCAAUUGGCCCGGAUGUGAGUGGAGGAGCGCUAACAACAAGAUCGCCGACCAUAAGAAAAUACACACAGGAGAGCGUCCGUACGCGUGCUCUUGGGUUGGAUGUGAGGCCCGAUUCAGUCGCCCCUUUACGCUGAGGAAUCACGAGCGGACGCAUACGGGAGAAAAGCCGUUUGCCUGCGAUUAUCCCAAUUGUAACUACAAAUCAUCCCAACAAACGCCGUCAGUAUUGAUGUCCAAAUGCAAUGAAUUAAUGCAUUUAUAA